GUUAUGAAAAUUAAAACAUAAAAAACUUUAUAGAUGAAAUCUAAUUUAAUAAUAAUGCUGUCUAGCUUCACACCACCCGAAAAAGCCAAUAUAUUUUAGCAUGCAUGGCAUAUUAACCUAGCCACAUUUCUGAAUCACCUUUUAGUCUGCAACAGGCUGUUUGUUUCUCAUCUGAAGGCUAAACUAGCCAUUUUCAAAGGCUUAUUUACAAGGAUUGCCUCUUUUCUUUGCAAGAAAAUGUUCUGAGUGUCAUCAUUUGCCUUUGGAUUGUGUUGCACCACAGCAAUGUUAUUAAAUCUGUGAUUCUAUGUCUCAUUUUAAAAAAAACAUACCACCACAACCAAAUGUUCAUUCAACUUCUAGUUGACUUUGGAUUCCUAAUUGACUAUUAGACAGUAGGAGAUGUAUGCCCAAAAAUAAUAAAAGGAGAAACGCCUAUCAGCUCUCUUUUCCUUGGAUAAAUCCUUCCUUUUUGUUUGCGGAGACAAUAUUGAAGCUUUGUAUUUUAUUGACUAAGUUAUCUUUCUCCCCUCUGUGUUGGAACUAUAGAUCCCAUGUUGCUUUGGAAAUUUUGGGAGUUAAAAUUGUAACAGGAGAGAAAGGGAUCACGUAGGAGAACCAGGACUAGGUUUUUAAAUAUAUGUAUAUGUUGUGUUCUGUGUUCUGUUGUAGGGAACUUCUUAGAAUGGAGGCCCCACCUGUUACUAUGAUGCCAGUCACUGGCGGCACCAUUAACAUGAUGGAACAUUUGCUUCAAGGUAGCGUUUUGGAUCAAAGCCUAGAGAGUCUUCUUCAUCGACUCCGUGGUCUUUGUGACAACAUGGAGCCCGAGACUUUCGUAGAUCACGAGAUGGUCUUCCUUCUCAAAGGCCAACAAGCCAGUCCAUUUGUCCUCCGCACGCGACGCUCCAUGGACAAACCUGGUGCUCCUUGGCACUUGCGGUAUCUUGGGCAGCCGGAAAUGGGAGACAAAAACCGCCAUGCCUUGGUGCGGAAUUGUGUGGAUAUUGCCACCUCGGACAACCUGACAGACUUCCUGGUAGAAAUGGGCUUCCGCAUGGACCACGAGUUUGUAGCCAAGGGGCACGUGUUCCGCAAGGGCAUUAUGAAGAUUGUGGUGUACAAGAUCUUCCGCAUCCUCCUCCCAGGGAACACCGAUAACAUUGAGCCUUUGUCUCUUUCUUACCUCGUGGAGCUCAACAUCGUGGCGCCAGCGGGACAAGAUAUGGUUUCCGAUGACAUGAGGAGUUUUGCUGAGCAGCUGAAGCCCCUGGUCCACUUGGAGAAAAUAGAUCCUAAAAGAUUGAUGUGAGAUGGAUUGUAACGGCAGCGGGAUCAAAGGUGGAAAGGUUUCAGAAAUGCAUAUAUGUCUCAUGUCGUUCUGCAGAAAAAUAAAUGAGAGUCGGGUAGCCUUCCACUAAUCUGACUGUAGGUUAUUUUCAAAUGAUGAACAAUAAAGAAG